AUGUCGGACUACGUUCCGCUGGCAGCCCAGGCGCGGGUGAACCUGACCGGUGACGCCACAACGCCGGCCGGCGUCCGCCCCACCACCAUUCCGGCAGUGACGCUGCGUCUGAUUUACGAUCUAAAUGCAUUGGCUGCAAUUCCCGUCGACCCUGACAUUCCGCCGCCACCUGUAGGCGAUCCCCAAAAGCGACGUCCUAUCCAGCCGGAGGAGGACUCCUCGUCUAGCGAUGAGGAGGAGGAACCCCAGCCCGGCCCGGGACCUAGACGCCAACGUCGGCCGCUCACUCGAGCCGAGAGGGAUCGAAGAGAGAUAGAGGCGGCGUUGGCCGAGGACGAAGCCGAGGAUAGGCUGCACGCGAGCGUCCCGCGAGGAGAGUUUACGGCGGCUGAGUUUGUGGUCGAGGAUCUGAAGAACAGCGACCCCGAAGUGCUGACAGCCAAUGCCCUUCGCCACACGGAGACGCUCGAGGAAGGGUCGUCGCUGCGGCAGUACAUAUCGUGGAUACUAGAUUACAAGCGGUGGGCGGUGGAUGCUCUUCCGUCAGAAGGUGACGACCUGGAGCCGGGGUCCAUACUCACUGACAAGGACGAAACCGGCAAGCACAUCGGCGAUGAUUUGGGCGAACGUUGGCACACCGCCCCGCGCCAGUUCAUCUGGUUGCACGGCCCGAGGACCAACGAGCCUCGAAUUCGCGCUUACGUCUUGUUCAGAGCGCGAGAGACCCUCAUCGAGGCAAUGAGGAGCGAAGAGGGCAACACCGCCAUGCGCACGCAGCCGAUCAAGCCUUGCACGGUCAACAUGCUACUCGGCCGCAUCAAGGCCCUUCAGAUGGCGGCCAGGGUAGAGGCGACCCUGUACAAGGAGAAGGAGCUGUACAUCAUGCAGGACAUCUCGGUCGUCCGGACGGAAGUGCGCGUCAUGGUUCGCGGAAAAAACAAAGCCGACAACAACGUACGCGAGAUCACGCUCGCCGACAUCUUUCUGUACCGCCUUGCUAGCGGGUCGUCGGUGAACCCUGACAACCGGCCAAUGGUCAUGGUCAUUGCGCAGCGCAACUCGAAGACGUGCAAGGACGCCCGUCUUCAUCACAGCUACGCGGCGAGGCACUUAGAGGCGGAACAGUGUGCUGUGGGCGAUACAAUCCUCUGGCUGCACUUCAUCUACGACCAGGUCCCCCAGAUCUUCGGCGUCCCCAUAAUUCCGCCGCUGGACGUACGCCGACCGGAGCUUUGGUACGACAAGCAUCUCUUCUUCGCCCGCUACGACAAGGAUCAGGGUUUGCUGCCGUCGUCGAGCCAGCAACGAAUCACUCGGCAGCUGUGGACGGCCAACAAGGUUUUCAUCAAGCACAACGUGCACGCCGCUCGCGCUGGCGGGGCACAAGAGCUGGCUGACCAAGGCACGCCGCGCGCCGAGAUAGCCGAAUUGGGUCACUGGGCUAUUGACAAGAUGACGAGGAGUUACAUCACUUCAAUUCCAGUCGGGGUGGUGAUGAGGAAGGCCGGCUACUCCGGAGCCCGAAGCGACUACUUCCUGGGCCGCAGCAGGCUACCUCCCAGCGCAGACCUCGAAAAAACCAUCGCCGCGCACAUAUUUCCCGGCGUCGAGGAACAGUUGGGGGCGGCGGAAGAGCUCGCACAAGGGCCUGAGGCGAACACGGCCGCGGUGCACUUUAUCCAGACCAUGCUGGAUGCACGCCGCAUUGCGGCCGAGGACCUCGCGGCGUGGGCGAAGGACAUCGAGAAGAUUGACACCGAGACGAUCGCCAAGCGCCGGUCGCCGAUCCCGACCCAGCCAGCUGAAAUCUCAGCCCGCCUGGACGCCGAAUUUCAAGUCGACCUUCUGAACGAGACGCUGGCCUACGAGAGGCACAAAGCGACGCUCAAGCAGAUGAAGGUGGAGAAGGAGCUCGAGGAGGCGCGUGCUGCUAGGCCGACGACCCUGGAAGAGGAGGCAGCUGCGGCCGCUAAGCAAGCUCAGUUGGACGCCGACGCUCACUACGAGGCCCUGGUUGUCGACCCAUGGAGAAGGGCCGAGACUGUGGCAGAGGCCUGGCGCUUCUGGAACUGCCCCACCACCACGGACCGCCGGCGUCUCUGCGACAGGAUCAACGAGCCAGGUUUCAUCGGGCGGCACAGCCUCCUGGGCAAGUCGUCGGCCAACGCAAAACAGGGUGAGAUGCGCCGAAUGAGGAGGGCGAUGGAGGCCGUGCGCCGCUUCCGCUCGUCAGACGGAGAGGCCGACACCGCCGCCGUCAUCAAGAAACUCGACGAGCUCGCUGCGUCGGGAAUUGUGACCUUCUGCGAUGCUCUCAAGAUCAUCGACGCCGACGCGCUUCCGAUACGCACGGAGGGGAACCUGGGCAUCAAGGGGCUUUCUGAGGGUGAAAAUCCCAAGCUGACGGUUGCUUGGGGACUGGUGGCGGCGGGAUACAUGACGCACAAGUGGGGCGAGGACAUGUUCCCGACCACGUGGGAAGAGCAGAAAGCUGUGGCGGCCGAAGCGGCCGCUGGAAGACCGCCGCCGCUGCCGACGAAGACGUCCAAGCGUCGGAAGCCGGGCUGA